AUGAGUGAACUGCAUCUACUCGUUCUGAAUGCGUCCCCUGUAAAUCUCAAUGAAAUUAAUCAUAGAGAAGCACAGAAAUCCCCACGUCUCACUCAAUUUGCCAAAAAAUAUUGCACGUUAAUGCCAUUUGUCGGACAUAUUUGCGUGCGGCGCGCGUCGGGCGGUUCAAACUGCCGCUACAAAAAACGAAAUAUAGUUUUUAUCGGUUUUUUCAAACAAGAACAUAACAUAACACAACACAGCACAACUCUACACAACACAACACAGCACAACUCUACACAACUCAACAAAACACAACACAAAAACAACACAACACAAGACAAGACAAGACAACACAAGCCAAGCUCCAUCUUUGAAGAUGUUUCUGAUAAAUUUCCAUUUCAUCAUCCCUUGUCCACUUUUAUUUUCCAUGCUGCUUUCCAUCGCAGACCUAUAAAUGAUUAA